AUGUUUUUCGAUAUUUUCAUCAUUUUAUUGAUAUUGUUUCUGCUAUAUCAAGUGUACUAAUACAAAAGGCCAUCCAUAAAAUUAAUUUACAAAGAAAACGAAGAAAUAAGAUAAAUCAUAUCGAAAUGCCCUUCAUUAUUCACAUAUUUUCCAACUCCUUAUUUGAAUGGGUUUUUGCAUACAGUAUUGUCUUCAUUUAAGCAUCCAACUGAAAAACAUUCAACAAAUAAGGAGCAUAUUGAAAAUACAGGAAUGUCAAUUGAUUGGAUAGAUAGGGGACAUGGAAUCGACAAAAAUAAACCACUUUUAUUUAUAAUGCCUGGAUUAACAGGAUCUGUUGAAGAUGGCUACAUCAAUACUAUAGUAAGCGAAGCUCACAAAUAACAUUUUCAUAAUAUAUGUGUUUACAAUUAUAGAGUUCUGCAGAAGGAAGGAGAUUUUACUUUCAGGCCAAAAUUCUAUAAUUAUGGACUAAAUAUGAACCCAUAAAAUUAUGAUGAUCCUUAUCGAGAUUAUGAACAUUUUGAGGAGGAUGUUAUUUAGAAUAAGAGAACAAGAGUUGAUUUGCCUGCAGAUCUACACCAUUGUUUAAGUUAUUUAAAAUAGAAAUAUCAUUUUAAUAAAAUACUAGCCAUAGGUUGUUCAUAUGGAGGAGCAUAAUUGGGUAACUAUUUAGGGAGAUUUUCUAAUAUCAGAUUAGUUGAUGCGGCUGUCUUAGUAUGUGCUCCUCAUCAUAUGUUGAUUAAUUAGAAAUAUUUGUCCUACUCAAUGGAUAUUGCCUUAACAAAAAUUUUAAAAGGGAAAUUGAAAGAAUGUAACCCUAAACCCGAAUGCUACUAAAGAUACCCUAUAGAAUGUUAGAGAGUUGUUAAUAGAGCUUUAUCAGCCAAUUGGAUAAGCGAUUUUGAUGCAAAUUUUGUUAUUUAGCUCUAUGGAUACAAGAGUGUAAAAGAUUAUUAUUAGCAUUUUUCAUUAGCUAAUAGAUUCCCAUUAAUAAAUAUUCCAACUCUAUGUAUAUGCACCGAAGAUGACGAUGUUUGUCAUAUCAUGGCUUUACAGGAAAAUCAACUUUAAGAGAGUGCUAAAAAUAUUAUAUGCGUAGCAAAGGCAGGAGGACAUAUAGGGUUCUUGGAAGGAUGGAAAACGGAAUCAAUUUGGUUUCCAAAGCCUGCUAUUGAGUACUUAAAACAAUUUGCUGAAAUUCAUUAUAAAAAUCAUUGA